AGAGCUGCGAUCGUCAGUACUGCCAUUCACAGGCUCAUAGCAAAACAUCGGUUAAAUCCUGCCCUGAGCAACUGAUAUGUUUACCACUUGUCAUAUCGGAUGAAGUCAAAACUCUCUGUCUUUCGUGAUAAAUAUGAGUUCUCGUGUUAUCACUCCUGGACCGUACCGGGCCACAAAACUGUGGAAUGAGGUGACUCGUUUGUUUCGGGCGGGUAUGCCCAUCAGGAAACACCGUCAGAACUUCCGGCACUACGCCUCCUGCUUCACCGCCUCUGCCGCUGUGGACUGGAUGCACCAGCUGCUUCGUAACAACAGCAACUUUGGCCCUGAUGUCACCAGGCAGCAGACGGUGCAGCUGCUGAAGAAGUUUCUGAAGAACCAUGUGAUCGAGGACGUGAAGGGUCGCUGGGGCACGGAGGAUCUGGAAGACAACAGCGUGCUAUACAGAUUUCCUUCCACUUCCCCUCUGAAGCCCAUCCCCUGUCCCGCUCCAGCAUCGGCCACUGGCUCUGUAAAGAAAAGGCCUUCAUUCAGGGACAAGGAAGGUUUCUUUAGGUUUAGAGGUAUCAAGAAGCAGCAGCACGAGGAGGGGACACAGGAAAAUGUGGAUCCUGCUUUGCAAGCAGAGAAUCAGCCAAUAGGGGAGCAGCAGGUGCAGAGACGGGAGCUGACAGUGGAGGACGAACAGGAGAUCUGGAAAGACAUCACCCUGACCCACCUGCAGAGGAUUCUGGGCGUUGCAUCUCUUGAUGAAGUUUUAGACCGACGCUAUAUAAACCCACAGAACAUCAUCCAUAACAUGACCAAGGUCAACAAGCAUGGAGUGGUCACACUGGACGACAAGACCAACGACCUCCCACACUGGGUUUUGUCUGCCAUGAAGAGCCUGGCCAACUGGCCGAAGUACGACAGCACUCAGCCGUCCUAUCCCGGCUUUGAGAGGGACGUCUUCAAAACGGUGUCUGAUUACUUCUACAGUCUUCCUCAGCCAGUACUCACAUACGAACUGUAUGAACUGUUUAUCAACGUCCUGGUGUUUUGCGGGUACGUUACAGCACCCACGACACACCAGCGUGGGAAGCGCAAGAAGCUCGACCUCCCGGCAGCAGGCCCUCCUGCAAAGACGUCGUUCCGCUCUACAGAAUGUCUCCUCCUGUCGCUGCUCAGACAGGGGACGUGUGAUGAGACAGAGUCGCCAAUGAGCGAGGUGCUGGGCGGGAAGCUUCAGUCACGGUUGGCAGCGUUGACAGGAGGCGCUGGUGAUGUUCAGUUAGGAGGCAGCUGCAUAAGUCUGAGCACAGCUGGUUCAAUGAAGCCUCGAACCAGGAGUUGCUCACUUGAAACCAUCCUGGAUGACUCUGCUCCUCUCACCCGGCAACAGCUGUUCCUGUCCAAUGACAGCCUGGCAUCCUGCGCCCAUAGCAACAGGAGCCAGAGUGACAGCUCUGCCAUCAUCACUCCCGACAGCCAUACAGACUUUACAUCCGUAUCCAAAUCAACCCCGACAACUUGUGAAAAUGCUUUAGGAGUUACAACCAGAAAUAGACUGUCGGUAGCAGGACAGUCAGUCACACAAAGGCCACGCUCCUGGCGGCCACGCAGCGUAGGCAGCUGUCUGGACAUUGUCAUAGAAACAAAGGAGGAAGAUGUCAAAGAGAUGAAGUGGCAGAGCCGAGCAACCAGCUGCCUUAACGUGAACACUCCUGCAGACCACUCCUCCUUUGCUUCACGUCCUCCCUACUUGUCCUACCAUCCCUCCUAUCUUCCUUUCUCCUCAUCUGCUUUGGCCAAAGUACAAGGGUCUAACACAGGACCCAGUGGGCCUAGACCCGCCUCCAGUACCUCUAAUGUUCAGACGCUCUCUGCACACACUGUUGUCCGCCGCUGCAUCAGCUCUCUGGAUGUGUCGAAGCCAUCCCGACCUGUUUCACUGCUCAAACCGCCUCUCUGUGCGCCCACCAGCACCUCCCAGCCCCCCCAACCCAAACCUGAGCACAGCCUUCUCCAGUCUCACUGUGAGCGUGUGGCCAUUGAGGCCCUGCAGCUUUGCACCCUCCUCCUCCCACCCACCUCCCGCAGGAAGCUGCAACUCCUCAUGAGGAUGAUGUCACGCAUCAGCCAGAACGUGGACAUGCCCCGCCUCCACCCCGCCAUCGGCACCAGAACACUGAUGGUUCACACGUUUUCAGGCUGCGUCCUGGGCAGCGCUGUGGAGUGUGAUUUGGAUGAGCUGUUGGCUACCAGAUUGGUGUCAUUUCUAAUGGACCAUCAACAAAGCAUCCUCGCUGUCCCAGAGUACCUGCACAGUGCCAUCAAUGACCAUAUACAAUAUCUGCGCACUGUACAGGUCCCGAUGGAUGGUUUUGCCAAUGUCAAUGGUGACGAUCCAGUUUGCAUUCCAUUGCCCAUAUACGCAUUCUGCCGUCAGAUCAGCGGCGCUGAGUUUGAACAGCAAAAGGCAGAAUCUUCCCAGAAGGCCAUGGAGGAGUUGCUGGAGAUGCUGCUGACUGACCAAAACAUACGUGAGAAGGACAGAUGCAAGAAACUGAAACAGUUUCAGAAGCAAUAUCCAGACAUCUACAGUCGUCGGUUCCCCUCCGCAGUCUGCAACAAAAAGGCCGAUGCCAAACCAAAGAUUAAACCCCCCCUCCUCAACAUCAAGAAGACCAAAGCUUUCAGCAUCAGGAACUAAGCUAACCAUACAGGCCGUCACCAUUUUUGAAGCCACAGUCAUUUUUCGCUGCACUAUUACUGCACUGAUACUGAGAGAUGUGGGAAAAUUCACUUCUCUAUGCAGCCAUCAACGCUUUCUUGUUACAUUGAAAAGACUGUUAUUAUUGUUGUGUGUCAUUUGUGUAGUGAUGUGAGAGUUAAUGCAGACUGGUAGAAUUCAGUGAUAAAUGUGUGUAUUCGUGUCGUGUAUAUGUGUGUGUGUGUGUGUGUGAGUGUGUUGACAGCUGACUGAAGGGAAGUAGACAGUUUCUUCUAAGAGCAGUUAAUCACUGUGUUCAAUCAUGUUUUCAUGAAGCAGGGGUUUUUUUUAAAUUAAAUUGUCUUUGAGUAGAAUCAGUUUUUUUUCCUGCCACUUGUUUUUUCUUUUGCUACCUGGUACUGACAUUCAACUGCGCGUAUGAAAACCAACUUAAGAUUGCAUUUUGGGAGAAAGACAUGCAAGUCUAAGAUCACUGGUCCAAAUGGGAACGAUUAGAUUAUAGAAUUCUUAAUUUAUAAAUGAUGACAUUGGGAGAAGUGUAAAUAUUGUCUUUCCUUGAGGUAUUUCUUGUGGUGUUGGCUGUUUUUAUAGACUUUACUAAACAUUUUAUAUCAUAUAAUCUCAAAUUUUAUUUGAAGUAAUUUGUAGUCUUUUGACAUUGAGCCCUUUUCUCAAAAAUUUCAUCCAUGUCCUUUUGACUCUUGCUUUUCUUUGUCUUAUUGCUUUCAUUUGUGUGUUUUGCUACUGUAACAUUUUUGGGUUUCACUUCCUGGAAUUUCUGAUUUUCAGGAUCUGUUUUUUCCACAGGAAACCAGCCCUUCACACUUUUAUUAUUCCUUGUGUUUUUGUGACUCAUCUUGAACCCAUCCCUACUUAGUUUGAUAGAGAAAUGUGUUGCACAACAUUUAGGCAUUGUAAAAGGUCAGUAAGAUUAUUGCAAUCAUCAGAAUUGUUAAUUUAUACAUAUUUAAUGCAUAUUAGACUCCCUAAAGAAGAUUUCAUCAGACAUGUGUCAUAUUUUGGGUAAACUGUUGCAAUUGUCAUCAAAAUAACCUCAACAACUACAGCACUGAUCAUCAAAAAGCAAUAAAUUGGCUAUUGGCUAUACCUUUGUGGUGUCAGAUGGCAUCCACUCAUUUCACUGAUGGAUGCUAACAGGUAUAAAUUUCAGUGCAAUACAGAACCCAUGUUAUGUCAAGUGUCUGAGGUAUUGUGUUUGACUCAAAAUUUCAAGCUGUCCUCUUCUUAAUUUAUCUUAUAUGAAGUAUUAGUUCUACCCUGAUAUGUUUGUCUAUACCUCAUACCAAAUGGUGUCUGUGUACAUUUAUAUAUGCACUCAGCAGCAGUGUUUUUGGCUUUUGCAGAGGAGUGUUAUAUUUUACACUUACACGGUUGUACUCUUCCUCUGAAUUGUUUACUAUGCAAAGUCCUGGGAAAUAAAUGUCUUU